ACUCUGUGAAUUACAAGAAGUUUGGGAACUGCCUUGUCUUCGACUUAUGUGAGAUGCUCAAAAAAGAUAGAAUGGCAGCUCUUACCUGUUAAAAAUGUUUCUUGUACUUCUCCGGAAAAUAGGAUGCACUGGCAAUCAGUGGUUUCUUACAGAGAAAGUAGUGUGUUUUCUGGGACUUGUUGCAGAAAUAACGAGCCUAUAGGUCCUGGGAAUGCAGGUAGUUUUAUGACAUUGCUUUAAGGAUUCUUCUAUCCUCCACUCCAAGAAAGAUGCUGCAGUUGGCGUGUAUGCAAUGCAACUGAGAUGCAGGUGAAAAUCCAGAGCUCAUUUUGUUAUCCUGAAAAAAAUUACUUUGCUUCAUUGCCAUAUUUCUAGAUCCAGGUUUUAAGACCUACAUUUCAGUUUUGAGUCACUUUCUGACCUGGUUUGUAUGUUUAUAGCUAUCAUUAAACAAAAACCUCAACUCUUCUAUUUCCUUCUCUCUGCUCUGCCUCUUAUACUUCUUUAAAAGAUUAUAUUGUGGGUCAACUCUCCCAUCAGUGCCUUGUAUGAAAAAGCUCGUUAAGAAAGACUAGAUUCGCUUGGUUUGAGAGCUCCUAAUGUUUUGAUAUGUCCAGCCAGCAUCUGCAACUAUGAACUCCCUGCUGAGGAACUGGCCAGGAGUCAAAGAAACGGAAAACUGUAAAGAAGUCACCAUGUGAUGUGAGCAGAGAGUUUUUGGCAGCCUGGCUGAAGUAAGACCAUAAUCCUUUUCGGAAAUCAGUUUAAAACGGAACUAUUCACAAUAAACAUGAAAUUAAAAGCAUGAAGUAGUGGUGUCCCAAAAGGAAUGUGAAUUCUCCUCCAGGACAUGCAGAGACCCGUGGAUGAACUGUUUCUAGAUUCUUGCUCCAGCUUUCCUGAGACAUUUGGGAGCUCCUGAUAAUGACUGCACAAAAUGAAGUCUGUGAAUAAAUAGCCUGAGUGGAUCUCUCCGAGAGCUCCUCACUGCCUGUCUGGAUGCUGGUCAGAAUGAACAAGAGGCACUCAAGUGUGCGUCAGCAAACAUGGGCCCUUCUCUGCAAGAAUGUUCUUAAAAAAUGGAGGAUGAAAAGAGAGACCUUGAUGGAGUGGUUUUUCUCAUUACUUCUAGUACUGUUUGCAUACCUGUUUUCCUCCAAUUUACAUCAAGUUAAUGAUUUUCCUCACUUGCCUGCAAUGGAUCUGGGACGUGUAGAUAAUUUUAAUGAUUCUAAUUAUGUUAUUGCAUUUGCACCUGAAUCCAAAACAACCCAGGAGAUAAUGAACAAAAUGGCUUCAGCCCCAUUCAUGAAAGGAAGAACAAUCAUGGGCUGGCCUGAUGAAAAAAGCAUGGAUGAAUUGGAUUUCAACUAUUCUGUAGAUACAGUGAGAGUCAUCUUUAAGGAUACCUUCUCAUAUCAUUUGAAGUUUUCCUGGGGAGGUAGGAUCCCCAAGAUGAAGGAACACAGAGAUCAUUCAGCUCAUUGUCAAAUAAUGGAUGAAAAAGUCACAUGUGAAGGAUCAAUGUUCUGGGAGAAAGGCUUUGUAGCUUUUCAAGCUGCCAUUAAUGCUGCUAUCAUAGAAAUCACAACAAAUCAUUCAGUGAUGGAAGAGCUGAUGUCAGUUACUGGUAUAAAUAUGAAGAUAUUGCCUUUUGUUGCCCAAGCAGGGAUUACGACUGAUUUUUUCAUUUUCUUCUGCAUUAUUUCUUUUUCUGCAUUCAUAUACUAUAUAUCAGUCAAUGUUACACAAGAAAGACAGUACAUUAAGUCAUUGAUGACAAUGAUGGGACUUCGAGACUCAGCAUUCUGGCUCUCCUGGGGUUUGAUGUAUGCUGGCUUCAUCUUUAUUAUGGCCACUCUGAUGGCUCUCAUUGUAACUUCUGCCCAAGUUGUCGUCCUAACUGGCUUCAUGGUGGUCUUUGCUCUCUUCCUCCUCUAUGGUUUGUCUUUGAUAACUUUAGUUUUCCUGCUGAGCGUGUUGGUAAAGAAACCUUUCCUUACUGGGUUGGUUGUGUUUCUCCUUAUUGUCUUUUGGGGGAGUCUUGGAUUCACUGCGUUGUACAGACAUCUUCCUGCAUUUUUGGAGUGGACCUUAUGUCUUCUUAGCCCUUUUGCUUUCACGGCUGGAAUGGCCCAGCUUAUUCAUUUGGACUAUGACAUCAAUUCUAACAUCCAAUUGAAUUCUUCAAACAACCCAUACCUAAUAACAGCUACUCUUUUCAUGUUGGUUUUUGAUGCUCUUCUCUAUUUGAUAUUGGCAUUGUAUUUUGACAAAAUUUUGCCCACUGAAUACGGACAUCGACAUUCUCCCUGGUUUUUCCUGAAAUCCUCUUUUUGGUUUCAACACCAAAGAGCUGAUCAUGUGGCCCUUGAGAAUGAAACAGAUUCAGAUUCUUCACCUAACGACUCUUUUGAACAAGUGUCUCCAGAAUUCUAUGGGAAAGAAGCCAUCAGAAUAAAAAAUCUUAAAAAAGAGUAUGGAACAAGAAAGCAUGAAAAGGUAGAGGCUUUGAAAGGCUUGGUGUUUGACAUCUAUGAAGGCCAGAUCACUGCCCUCCUUGGUCACAGUGGAGCUGGCAAAACGACCUUGUUAAACAUGCUUAGUGGACUGUCGGCCCCAACAUCAGGUUCGGUCACCAUCUAUAAUCACUCACUUUCAGAAAUGGCUGACUUGGAAACUGUCAGCAAACUCACUGGAGUCUGUCCACAAUCCAAUGUGCAGUUCGACUUCCUCACCGUGAGGGAAAAUCUCAGGCUAUUUGCUAAAAUAAAAGGGAUUCAGCCACAUGAAGUGGAGCGAGAGGUACAACGAGUUUUACGGGACUUAGAGAUGGAAAAGAUUCAAGACAUUCUUGUUCAAGAUUUAAGCAGUGGGCAAAAAAGGAAACUAACCUUUGGGAUUGCCAUUUUAGGAGAUCCUCAGGUUUUGCUAUUGGAUGAACCAACUGCUGGAUCAGAUCCCCUUUCAAGGCACCAAGUGUGGAACCUCCUGAAAGAGAGGAAAUCGGACAGAGUAAUUCUCUUCAGUACCCAGUUCAUGGAUGAGGCUGACAUCCUGGCUGAUAGGAAGGUGUUUAUAUCCAAUGGGAGGCUGAAGUGUGCAGGCUCUUCUCUAUUUCUGAAGAAGAAAUGGGGCAUUGGCUAUCAUUUGAGUUUGCAUCUGAAUGAAAUGUGCAAUCCAGACAGUAUAACAUCGCUUGUUAAACAUCACAUCCCUGAUGCCAAAUUAACAGCACAAAGUGAAGAAAAGCUUGUAUAUAUUUUGCCUUUGGAAAGGACAAACAAAUUCCCAGACCUUUAUAGGGAUCUUGACAGAUGUUCUAACCAGGGCAUUGAGAGUUAUGGGGUUGCUAUGACAACUUUGAAUGAAGUGUUCUUGAAAUUAGAAGGAAAAUCAUCUCUUGAUGAAUCAGAUAUUGGAAUUUGGGGACAGUUACAAAGUGCUAGGAACACAGACACAGGAAGACUUGUUGAGCUGGAACAAGUGUUGUCUUCCUUUAAUGAGACAAAGAAAGUAGUCAGCGGCCUGGCUCUCUGGAGGCAGCAGCUCUGUGCCAUAGCAAAAGUUCGCUUCCUCAAGUUGAAGAAUGAAAAAAAAACUUUGCUGACCAUAUUAUUGCUUUUUGGCAUUAGCCUUUGCCCUCAGCUUUUGGAACAUCUAUUCUACGAGUUAUAUCAAAAAAGCUAUUCUUGGGGACUGUCUCCUGAUAUGUACUUCCUCUCACCGGGACAACAACCGCAAGCUCCUCUGACCCCCUUACUGGUCAUCAACAAAACAGGGUCAAGCAUUGAUGACUUUAUACAUUCACUGAAGCAGCAGAACAUAGCUUUGCAAGUGGAUGCCUUUGGAACUAGAAAUGGGCUCAAUGAGUCAUCGUACAAUGGUGCGAUCACUGUGUCAGGUGAUGACAAGAGUCACAGAUUUUCAAUAGCAUGUAAUACCAAAAGGCUGAAUUGCUUUCCUGUCCUCAUGGAUAUCAUUAGCAAUGGGCUACUUGGAAUUUUUAAUUCUUCAGAACACAUUCAGACUGACAGAAGUACAUACUUUGAAGAACACAUGGCUUAUGAGUUCCUGAGUAAUGCCUCCUUCUGGAUACUCGUGGCAGCCUGUUUUACUCCUUACAUCGCGAUGAGCAGCUUCGGUGACUAUAAAAAAAAAGUUCAUUCCCAACUGAGGAUUUCAGGCCUCUAUCCUUCUGCUUACUGGUUCGGGCAGGCGCUGGUGGAUAUUCCACUGAACUUCUUGAUCCUCCUUCUAAUGCAAAUAAUGGAUUAUGUUUUUAGCCCAGAUGAGAUUAUAUUUAUAAUUGAAAACCUGUUAGUUCAGAUCCUGUGUAGCAUUGGAUAUGUUUCAUCUCUUGUUUUCUUGACAUACGUGAUUUCCUUCAUUUGUCGCAAUGGGAGAAAAAAUAGUGGCAUUUGGUCAUUUUUCUUCUUAAUUAUCACCGUCUUUUCGAUAGUUGCUACUGAUCUAAAUGAAUAUGGAUUUCUAGGGCUAUUUCUCUGCACCAUAUUAAUACCACCCUUCACAAUGAUUGGCUCUCUGUUCAUUUUUUCUGAGAUUUCUCCUGACUCUGCAUAUUAUUUAGGAGCUUCAGAACAGCAAAUUGUAUUUCUGGCAUUGCUAAUACCUUACCUUCAUUUUUUCAUUUUCCUUUUUGUUCUACGAUGUCUGGAAAUGAACUUUAGGAAGAAAUCAGUGAGAAAGGAUCCUGUGUUCAGAAUUUCUCCAAGAAGCAGUGAUGUUUUUCCAAACCCAGAAGAACCCGAAGGAGAGGAUGAAGAUGUUCAGAUGGAAAGAAUGAGAACAGCAAAUGCCGUGACAGUCCCAGACUUUGAUGAGAAACCAGUCAUCAUUGCCAGCUGUCUACGGAAAGAAUAUGCAGGCAAAAAGAAAAACUGCUUUGCCAAGGGGAAGAAAAAAGUGGCCACAAGAAACGUCUCUUUCUGUGUUAAAAAAGGUGAAGUUAUAGGGCUGUUGGGACACAAUGGAGCUGGUAAAAGUACAACUAUUAAGAUGAUAACUGGAGACACAAAGCCAACUGCAGGGCAGAUUGAAAGUUCUACGAGGUCAGGUUAACUAGUUCUCUCCUUUAUAUUUGAGAGAGACAAUAUAGCCUCAAGGUCAAAAGCUUGGAUUCCGAAGGUAGAUGCCAGUUUUAACUCUCAGCUUUACUUUGUGAGACCUCCCACAAGUUUCUAAAUCUAAACACAUGUCAGUUUUCUCAUAUGUAAAACAGGGAUGAUAAAACUAAUACCUAAGUCAUAUAGGGUUUUUCUAAGGGUAAAGUAAUUCAAAACAUAAAAUGCUUAUAUUCUGGUGCAUACAUAGUAAGCAUUGGUACACAUUAUCUGUUAUUAUUAUUAUAUAGCACAGUAUCUGGCUCAUAAUAAUAAUAAAUGCUAUCAUUGGUUCCUAUGUGCCCGGCUAGUGCUCAGAGCUUUUUGUUUACUACCUUAGUUCAUGAUUUCACAAGCUCAACACUGGUGACAUUUUGGACUGGAUCAUUUUUAUUGUGAGGGGCUAUCAUGUGCAUUUUUGGAGAGAUAGCAGCAUUCCUGGCCUCUACUCACUAGGUCCCAGUAGCAUCCCAAUUUUGACAACCAAAAAUGUCUCCAGACAUUACCAAUUGUCUUUUGGGAGGAGGAUUGCCAUAACUGAGAACCAGUGCCUUAUUUAAUCCUCACAAUGAACUUGUGAAACAGAUCCUAUAAUUACAACUAUUUUUACACUAGGGAAUCAAAAUCCUCAACAAGUAUCCAAACCCUUAGAAUGUUUGAAUCAAUGAAUGAAGUCAAACGAUGGACAACCAAAUAAGCAAGCUUGAAUUCAACCAGGGUGAUGGACUUGGUAAUAAAGUCUAAACUAUAAUGGAGGGAUAUAACAAUGUGGAAUAUCUGUCUUCUGAUUUAUCGAAUUUUUAUCAUCUUUUCCCAGAACUAAGUGAUUACUUGUUUACUUUGGUACUCUUGGCAGCGGUGUGCGUAAGAGAAGGACAUCACUGAAAUAUACACUCAGAUUUACACACACACACACACACACACAAUUUUGAUGUGAAUGUGAGAAUGAAC